AACGGUCAACAUUGAUACAUAAUUUAUUAUGUCCUUGUUCUGAGUCAAACAAUUUACGCUUAAACAACUCAUUAGUGACAUGACUGAACAAAAAAACGUUCGUUUACUAAGUAUAUAAAACUGCUUGCACUAACACUAAAGUAAACUAGUCCAUAGAUGUAUAUGACUGUAUAAUCAAUUUUCAACGUCAAUAUUCAAAUUAAUAACGUCUUAGAAACAAAUUGUACAUACGGGGAAACAAAUAUUGCUUUACUAAGUUAGGCUUCACAGAUUGAUUGUUAUAAAAGUGAUUAAAAUUUAAAAGGAAACUGUUUUAUCUAGUGAAAAAUAUUCACCAAAAUAUUUUUUUUAAAAUAUCUGUUCUUAUCAGUAACUAUUUUUUCCAUCGUUCCAGUAUCGCAGUACACAAUGAGCAGUUUAUCAGUUCCCGGCAAUGGAGUUGAUAUUCAUGCACGAGCAGGCUCGAGAAACGGAGUUGUAACCCCUACCAUCGUUGAUCAAGAAGAGUAUGAAUAUUGUUUUGUUGAUCCGCUCGAGAAGGAUUAUGAGUGUCCUGUGUGUGGUAGUGUGCUCAAAUACCCGGUACUGUUUGAGGAGUGUGGCCACCGCUGCUGCGCCAACUGUCUACCGGAAUUGCUGAGAACCACUGCAAAAUGUCCGCUAGACGGCACACCUAUAGACAGAAACAGACAGGUGAUAGUAGACAAAGAGUAUCAGCGGGAGAUAGAGGCACUGAAGGUGAACUGUUCCUUCUACACUAAGGGAUGUACCUGGUCCGGUCAGCUGAAAGAUAUUCAGAUCCACAUUGCCGAUUGCAAGUUUCAUUUACUGAAAUGUCCAAAGGGUUGUGGUGUGAAGCUCGAGAAGAUCGUGCUAAAACAUCACCUCCAGGAAGACUGCGAAAAACGUGAUAUUCGGUGCGAAUUUUGUUCACUACGCAUGCGUGCUGAAGAGGAAGUGAGCCAUCUUGGGACUUGUGGCAAGUUCAAGAUGCCAUGUCCUAACAGGUGCAGCGACGGUAAAGAGAUCAUGCGGGAGAACCUUCAAGAACAUUUGGAGAACCAGUGUUCUCGAGCAAAAAUAAGAUGUCCGUUCUGGGACGGUGGCUGCCAGUAUAUGUGUAAACGGAAACAUAUGGACAAACACAUCAAGGAGGAUCCCAUUGUGCAUCUUGGAAUGGCGUGUGACACGGUCAUUCUACACCGCAAAGAGCUGGAAAUACAUGCUAAAUCUCUUGAAAAACAUCUGAAACAGAUAACCACCCUGGAACGCAAAGUUGAUGCCUUAGAAAAGUUGUACGGCUGUCAGUUGGUAUGGAAGAUCGAGAAAUGGUCUGAGAGAGUUCAUGAGGCUAAACUCGGCAGGAAAGCCACACUGUUCAGUCCGCCGUUCCUCACUAGUCGUCAUGGUUACAAGAUGGCGAUGUCACUCUGUCCGUAUGGUGAUGGAAAAGCCCGAGGGAAGUUCCUGUCCAUUUUUAUCUGUAUAUGUAGCGGAGAGUAUGACCCUUUACUACUGUGGCCGUUCCGUCAUCGAGUCACGUUUACGUUAGUCGACCAGUGUCAAGACCCAGAGGCAAGACGUAACGUUAGUUACAUCAUCCAGCCAAAUGCAAUCAAAGACAACAAACCUUUCCUUGGACGUCCAGUUGGAGAGAGAAACGCAUCAUUUGGUGCCCAAAAGUUUGUCGAGUUGAACAUACUUGACACAUAUGAUUAUCUCCGAGAUGAUCAAUUGUUUAUCAAAUGUGAGAUAGACAGUGAACACAUGAUGUUGUUGUAAAGUCAGAAAGAUUGUAAAAACAUAAUACUAGUGUAAAUAGGUGAUACAUAGUGAAAACAUAUAGUUUAUAGUAAGAAAGACAGGAAACUCAUCAUGCUGUUGUAAAUGUAAGUUAGACAGUGAACGCAUGAUGUUGUUGUUUAUGUAAGAAAGACAGUGAAUACAUGACAAUGUUGUUAAUGUGAGAUAGACGGUCAACAAAUGAAGUUGCUAUAAUUAUGUGAAAUAGAACUUGAACACACGGUGAUGCUGUUAAUGUGAGAUAGACAAUCAGUGAAAAAAGAAGUAACUAUUAUGUGAGAUAGAAAGUGAACAAAUGAUGAUGUAGUUAAUGCGAGAUAAACAGUGGUCAUGACAUGCUUUUUAGUUAGAAAGACAUUGAACUCGUCAUGAUGUUGUUAAUGUUAGAUAAGUAGUAAUUGUAAUGAUGCCUAUGUUUUUUUUUGCGAGAUACACAAUAAACACAUACAUGUAUACAGGAAACAAAAGAAGCUGUACUUAAUUAAGAUAGACAGUGGACACAUGAUCUUGUUGUUAACAUGAGUUAGAGAGUGAACAUAUAAUAAUGUUGUUAACAUUAGAUUAUGAGUGAACACAUGACAUUGUUGUUAACAUUAGAUAGAGUGCAAACACAAGAAGCUUUGUUAACACACAUGAUGCUGAUGUUGAUUAAAAUCGACAGUGAAUACAUGAUGCGUGUGUUGUUAUGAGAUAGACAGACAGUGAACACAUGAUGCUGAUGUUGAUUAAAAUCGACAGUGAAUACACGAUACAAGUGUUGUUAUGAGAUAGACAGACAGUGAACACAUGAUGCCAAUAUCAUUGUUUGAUAGAUAGUGAACACAUGAUGCCUGUGUGUGUUUUUUGUGAGAUACACAAUAAACACAUAAUGCCGAUGCUAUUGUGAGAAAGACAGUGAACAUAUGAUGCCAAUGUUAUUUUGAGAAAGACGGCUGACACAUGAUGCUGAUGUUAUUGUAAGAAAGACAGUGAACACAUGCAGUUGUUAAAUCUGAGAUAGUCAAUGAACACAUGAUGUCGAUGUUACUGUGAGAAAGACAGUGAACACAUGAAGUUGUUGUUAAUACGAGACAGACAAUGAACACAUGAUGUCAAUGUUACUGUGAGAAAGACAGUGAACACAUGAAGUUGUUGUUAAAUCUGAGACAGACAAUGUGAUGACGUUGUUUAUGUGAGUUGACAGUGAACACAUUAUGAGGCUGAUUUAAAUGAAAAUAAUCCGUGAACAUAUGAUGAUAUAAAUGUUGUAAAUGUGAGGUACACAGAGAACACUUGAUGCUGUGAAAUGUGAUGUAGGCAAUGAACACAUAAUCCUGUAAAAAAGUAAGAUCACAUUGUACAAAUGCAAUGAUAGACAGUGAAAAUGUGAUACAUGUAUUUUGAAAAUGUAAGGGACAUAAUGAGCACAAGAUGUUAUAUAAAUUUUUUAGGCAGUGAACAAAUAUACAACAUUCUGUAAUGCAAAAAAGACCGUGAACACAUGAUGCUGUGAAAAUGUUAGAUAGACAGUGAAAAUAUGUUGUUGUAGAUGUAGAACCAGAAAGAGACUUAGUUGGAGUAAUGGAACUUCACUCACAGCAGUCAUUCAUGAUUUCAAAGACUAAUGAAGAAUUUGACAGCAUUCAGUAUAACAGAUUUUUGAGAAAAAAAUUCAUACAUACAAAACUUUCAAACAACUUUUUAAAAGUUUAAAAUGAGCAUAAUUUUGUUAAAAUGUAUGCAAGAGUUAUGACACCUGCCAUGCAAGAUAUGUGUAGAGUUUGAAAACAUUUGGUUUGUAAGAUGCUGAAAAAUACGUUUACAUGCAAAACUUUCACAAAAUUUCAGUGUUAAAAAGGGGCAUAAUUGUGACAAAGUAUAAAUCACAGUUAUGAAACCUACCAUGUAAGGUCAUCUUAUAAUGCUAAAGAUGUGUGAAAAGUUUGAAAACAUUUUGUCUUUGAGUUAGGGAACAUUUAGUCAAAUAAUUUCUGAAAAACCUGCUUACAUUCAAAACUUGCACAAAUUUUCUCUUUUAAAAAAAAGGGAAUAUUUCUGAUAAAUAAAAAGAGUUACAUUGAGUGCCAUGUGAGACCACUUCCUGAUAGUGGCCCAGUUGUUAAUAACUGGUCCAACAUUAUUAAUAAAGACUUGUUUGGAGUUUGCAGGCAUU